AAGAUUCGAACGCAGCCCCAGAGUGCCCCUCUGCUGACCGCGAUCUGGCCAAUCUGAUCUGGCCCACCUUUGGGCGCAGCCAUCUUAACGUCACGUGAUCACUAAUAUGGCAAACAGGCAAGAUGGCGGCAACCGGGGGGGUACCAUUUCCGCUGCAGGCAGUGGGUUCCGGUUUACCGCUCUAAGGACUCGCCGAUCCUGCCAGAAUGCCUAAGAAAUUCGGAACCAACACAAAAUCGGCCGAAGCCAGAGCUAAGAAAGAAGAGCUGAAGCAGGCUGACAAACAUCAAAAAGAACGGGCCGCCCAAGAUGCCCUGUGGAUCGACGACGACAAACACAUUGCCCGCAAACAGCAGCGCAAGGAAGAGAAAGACAAGAAGAAGACGGAAAUGCUGGAGAAGAAGGCAGCACUGAAGCAGAUAUACGAAGAAGAGAUGAGCAGCAUCAAGGCUGCCAAGGCCCGCGCUGCAGAGAAGGUCACGCGUGCCGAGAUUGCAGCUUUGGCUGAAAAGCAACAGAAGCCGCAAAAGGAGGAACUGUUGCUUCAUGAGAAGCCAUUAGAAGAAAAUGUCAACCGGAUCGUGGUAGAAGGGGACGAGGCCCGGACGGUUGAUGAAGCCAUUGCCGUACUCAGCGUCGGCGACGCUCCCGUGGAUCGUCAUCCGGAGCGGAGGGCGAAGGCGGCGUACGAGGCCUACGAGGCCCGGAUGCUGCCGGGACUCAAAGCUGAGAAUCCGAACCUGCGGCUCUCCCAGCUGAAGCAAAUGAUCCGCAAGGAUUGGAUGAAGUCCCCUGAGAACCCCCUGAACCAGAGGUUCUGAUCCGCCCUCAUGCCGGUCGCGUCGGCUUUGAAGGGACGGUGCCAGCUGCUCGUUUUAAUUUUAUUUCGUUGGAUUUUCGGCGUGUGUGCAUGUGAUAAAUACCAGAGGCUUUCGGACCUCACUUCCUUUUUUUUUUUUUUUUCGGAACGAAGAGAACGGGUUAUUCUCUUUAAACAUGAUUUUCAGUCUUUAGUGUCCGGAGCAUUGACGGAACAGACGAGGAGGUACGGGUCGAGCGCACAACUUUUGGUGAAAUUUUAGACUCGCGAGUGAGGAUACGGAUGAGUUUAGAUAUGCGUUGUAAGGACAAACUACUAUACUCCGUCUCGUCACUUUGCAGACAGCAAAGACUAUGGUCCCAGUGAGCCACUCUGCGCGUCGAAGCACGAAGUGCUGUUAAAGCCACGAGCGGAAGAGGGGAAAGCUGCUUUCGUACGUAUUCCGAGUCACAGACUAAUCACGGAAGGGUACAAAAGCGGCGUCUGGGACAUACAAAAGAAGGUCCGGGUAAGAGGGAGUUUCCCUUUCCCCUCCUCUCCAGUUGCUCGGAUUACUCUUGCCCCUGUACGUCUGGUAAGGGCCGUGACGUGCUCGACCUCCGUCGCUCCGAUUGGCUCGUAGGGGCCGCAACGUUUCGCUCUUUGGAAAGUUACGACGAAACAAAGUACAGCUUGUUUCGUUUGAAGAGGAGCCUUCCAGAAGCCUUGGGGCAGUGGCCAACGUUUAGCGACUCGGCUUCUUGGUCGGCCGAGCCUCUUUGCGGAUUGUCGGCUGGCAAACCGAGGCUUACGGAAGGUUUCCGUUCUCGCUCUUUACCAGCGGCGACCCCUUUUCGUUGUUUGUUUUAACUGGCUAAUUAUAAUUUUAUGCGUACCAGGUUUCUUGGGAACUGUGUGCUUGCAGGUUUAUCGUGCUUUUCUGUGGGCCGUAAUCAGCCCGCCUUCCUAGAUAUUAGGAGGCACGCGAGCUUAGCUUUAAUUACUUUUGCGUGGUGUGCAAUUGAGGUGGAAUUUAUUUUUAAAGCUUGGGUGCAGCGGGAGGGUUGUCCUAUGCACGGAAGGCGAAAGAUUUCAGAAGCGUGGAAUGAGUAACUGAUUUGUAGUUACAACUUUGUGCAGUUCUUUAUUUAAAGGAAGGAAUACAAAAGUCUUGUGUAGAGUCUUUAUUUACGGGUAUGUGAUCUGUGCAUGCCUAUGUAGUACAAGGAACUGUAAAAUGGUUCGUAAAAUGUGACACGCUCGGAGGUCUGUAAAUGGUAAAGGUUUAUAAAGACAAGAGUCUGUAAGUAUA